GGUGUGGCUCAGAGAGCCGCCUCGGCUGCCCCUCCGCCAGCCGCCAUGGCGGCCUUUCCGCGCCACCGCCGCUUCCUGGGCGGCUUCGUGUGCGGGGCCGCAGCGGGCGCCGCUGUAUCGUGCUGGGCUGCGUGGCGGCUCCUCCGCAGCCAGAGCCAGGCGGAGCCGGGUCCCGGGCCAGUCCUGCUGGAGGAACCAGUAGAGGAGUCUUUGCUGGAAAAGUAUGGAUUCCCUGAGGCUGGAACAGAGACCAGAUGUUACACAAAUCAUGCACUGUCUUAUGACCAGGCAAAACGGGUGCCCAGAUGGGUGAUUGAACAUAUUUCAAAGCAGAAGAUGCUUGGCAAUGCAGACCGAAGGCACUGUAAAUUCAGGCCAGAUCCUAACAUCCCGCUAAUGUUUAGUGCUGUCAAUGAAGACUACCUUGGAAGCGGAUGGUCACGAGGACACAUGGCACCUGCAGGAGAUAACAAAUUUUCAACAAGAGCCAUGGCUGAAACAUUUUAUCUGUCUAACAUCGUGCCUCAGAAUUAUGAAAAUAAUGCUGGAUUUUGGAACAGAAUGGAAAUGUAUUGUCGGGAACUGACUGAGAGAUUUGAGGAUGUUUGGGUAGUUUCUGGACCUCUGACCUUGCCUCAAACAAAUGAUGAUGGAAAGAAGAGUGUUACUUACCAGGUAAUCGGGAAGGAUGAUGUAGCUGUGCCAUCCCACCUAUACAAGGUGAUCCUUGCCAGGCGGAGCAGAACGUCUACAGAGCCCUUGGUACUGGGGGCUUUUGUGGUGCCAAAUGAUCCCAUAGGCUUCAGUCACCAGCUGCCUGAAUUCCAAGUAAAUAUUGAAGAUCUGGAAAAAAUGUCAGGUUUAGUUUUCUUCCCCCAGGUGGACAAAACCAGAGAUGUUAAAAAUAUCUGUGAGGUGGAUACCUGUAAACUGAUGGGCUUCAAGGAAUUUACAUUGUACAUCACUGCUAGGAAAGUGCGGAGUGCCCGUACAUUGCACCGGUUGGAGAAAGUCAUGUCAGAGUUAAGGGAUGCAGGAAUUGAGCCUGAUGAAUAUCUUUUAAAGCUUCACAAGAAGAAGGAAGAAGAGCUACUGCAGGAAAAGCAAGUCACACCUAGAGAGGGGAAAACCGGCUAAGUACUUGUUCAAGAAGGUGUUUGGGGUUUUGUACUUUGAAAGGGGAGCUGAAGGCAAACACAAAGACAAGGGCUGUAUGAAUUAUCCUUUUUUGAGUUGUGAAAACAAUAAACAUUUGGAAGAUGGUGGGUUUGGAGUAAUAAUCAUUCUCAUGUAACAUGAUGCAUACACAUGAUUUGCUGCAGUACUUAGAUGUGGGAAAUGAAAAUGACCCCAUUCUGGCAUGAAUAGAUUACUGGACCUCCAGAAAAGGCUUUAUGCUAUUUUCCAAGUGAGACGUCAAGACUUGGGGUUUGUAUGGAAUCCCUUCUAGGAAUACUAUAAAAAUAGACAGUAGACACCUUGGGAGAACAACUAGAACAUGAUUAAAUGUAAUUCCACUUGCAAAUGUCUUUCAGUAUGAUAACUGUGGAAGCAAUGAUACUUCCUGGGAUUUUUUAAAAUUAAUUUAGAAAUAUUUCAUUUAACACUCUUUCGUUAGAGACCU